CCCUCGCCGGAUGUGACGUCUCGGCGUUUCCUGUGUACAUGGUAGCCUACACAUUGGCCAUGCUUGUCUGGUGAAAAGUAUCAAUAAUAGACAUUUUACAUCAUACACACAUUGGAAAUCAUCUGGAAUCAUGUCCGGGCGACAAAACAACAAACUGCCCAACAACUUACCACAAUUACAGAAUCUGAUAAAGAGAGAUCCACAGUCAUACCUAGAGGAGUUUCUUCAGCAGUACCGACACUACCAGUCCAAUGUGCAGAUCUUCAGACUGCAGCCUGACAAGCCUAACCGGGAGCUGGCAGAGCUUGUCAUGUUCCUGGCCCAGGUGGGACACUGCUACCUGCAGCACCUGUCUACCUUUCCUCAAGAGCUGACCGAGCUGCUCCUGAGCCAUCACACCAUCCUCGAGCCAGACCUACGAAUGACCUUCUGUAAAGCGCUGAUUCUUCUGAGGAACAAGGACCUGAUCAACCCGACCGGCCUCCUGGAGCUCUUCUUUGAGCUUCUGCGGUGUCAUGACAAGCUGCUGAGAAAGACCCUGUAUACACACAUUGUAUCAGAUAUCAAAAACAUCAAUGCCAAGCACAAAAACAACAAGGUCAACACAACGUUACAGAAUUUCAUGUACACCAUGCUGAGAGACAGUAAUCCCAUAGCAGCAAAGAUCUCUCUAGAUGUGAUGGUGGAGCUGUACAAAAGGAAUAUAUGGAAUGAUGCCAAAACAGUUAAUGUCAUCACAACAGCAUGCUUCUCCAAGGUGACAAAGAUCCUUGUAGGAGGACUCAAAUUCUUCUUGGGUAAAGAUGAGGAUGAGAAGAAUGAGAGUGACUCAGAAUCAGAGGAAGAGGGACCAUCAGCUAGAGACCUGAUGGUGAGAUACUCGACUGGCAAGAAAACCUCCAAGAACAAAAAGAAGAUGGAGAAGGCCAUGAAAGUCCUCAAGAAACACAAGAAAAAGAGGAAACCAGAAGUGUUCAAUUUCUCCGCAAUUCACCUAAUUCAUGAUCCUCAAGAUUUCUCAGAGAAACUCUUGAAGCAGCUGGAGGACUCAAAAGAGCGCUUUGAGGUGAAGAUCAUGAUGAUGGAGCUCAUAUCCCGACUAGUGGGGAUCCAUGAGCUCUUCCUUUUCAAUUUCUAUCCCUUCAUCCAGAGGUUUCUCCAGCCCCAUCAAAGAGAAGUGACAAAGAUUCUCCUUUGUGCUGCCCAGGCUUCACACCAGCUGGUUCCCCCUGAGAUUAUCCAACCUGUGAUCAUGACUAUUGCCAACAACUUUGUGACUGACAGGAACUCCGGGGAGGUGAUGACUGUUGGUAUCAACGCCAUCAAGGAGGUGGCAGCCCGCUGUCCGCUCGCCAUCAAUGAAGACCUUGUGCAGGACCUGGCCCAGUAUAAGACUCACAAAGACAAAAAUGUGAUGAUGUCUGCCAGAGGACUGAUUCAGCUGUUCAGGAAUCUCAACCCCCAAUUGCUGCACAAGAAGGACAGGGGGAGACCCACAGAGGCGUCAGCAGAGGCCAAGAUAAGAGACUAUGGAGAGCUGGAAGCUAAAGACUACAUCCCCGGAGCUGAAGUCCUGGAGGUGGAGGAGGAGAAGGGAGAGGGAGAGGAGGAUGAAGAGGGCUGGGAGAGUGCCAGCAUUAGUGAUGAUGAUGAAGAUGGUGAGUGGGUGGACGUUCACCAUUCCUCUGAUGAAGACACAGGAGAAAUGGCGGAGAAGCUCCAGAGCAUGCCCGCUGAGGAAAGGAAGGCUAAAGCAGCAGCGGUCAGUGCCAGCAGGCUGCUCACUCAGGAUGACUUUAAGAAGAUUCGUCUAGUCCAGAUGGCCAAGGAAGUGAACGCUGCUCCAGGCAGGGGCCAGAAGAGGAAAACAGUGGACAUUGAUGAUGAUGAGGGUGACAGCAGAGGGGAGCUGCUGACGUUGAGGAAUAUUGAGAAACUGCACAAGAAACCCAAAGCAGACAAGGAAACACGACUGGCAACAGCACAGGCUGGACGGACAGACCGGAAGGAGUUUGUCAAGAAGCGAACCAAGUUGAACCCAUUCGCCAGCACCAGUAACAAGGAGAAAAAGAGGAAGAAGAACUUCAUCAUGAUGAGGCACAGUCAAAAUGUCAGGAGCAAAGGCAAACGCUCCUUCAGAGAGAAACAGAUUGCUCUGCGAGAUGCUCUCCUGAAAAAGAAGAAGCAGUAUAAAUAGAGUAUGUGGAGGCAACGAGAACGGCAUCACCAUUGCCUUAUUCAGCGUUUUGUUCCGUGUCUAUCAUCCUGCUGUGGAACCCUGGCAGUGGGAUUUUUGGUGGCUGUCACGAACCUGACCUUUGACAGUAUCAAAUGACAAUGUACAUCUUUUAAGUGGCUUGUAAAAUCUUAUCAGUGACUUGAUUGUUUGUAUUAUUUUCAUUGGCUCUAUUAGAGAAGUGUAAAUUGCGCUGAAAUAAAUAAUCAUUUCAUAA